CCACGUUAGUACAGCGUGAGUAAAGCAGAACAUCGUGUUAAAAUCCCAGUUCUUCUCCCCAUUCCCAUCCAACCCUAACUCUAACAUGGCCGCCGGCGACCAUCCCAAUCCCAAUCCCAAUCCCUUCAACGCCAACGGCAACGCCCUCACCGCCAACAUCCUCCUCACCAUCACUCUUAUCUUGUUCUUUCUCAUCCUCCUCCUCAUUUCCCUCCAGUUCUACGUCCGCUGGUACCUCCGCCGUGCCCGCCUCCGUCGACGCCAGCGCCGCCGUUCCUAUCUCGUCUUCUACGUCGACUCCCUCACCCCUAACGCCUCCCAGCCCAUCGGCCUCGAUCCUUCUGUCAUUCAGUCUCUUCCUGUCUUCGUUUAUUCCGCCCACUCCGACCCCGCGGAAUGCGCCGUGUGCUUGUCCGAGUUCCAAGAGAACGAAUCGGGUCGGGUUUUGCCCAAAUGUAACCACACUUUUCACGUCGAAUGCAUCGAUAUGUGGUUCCAGUCCCACUCAACCUGCCCGCUCUGUAGAUCUUUGGUUGAACCCGUGCCGCCUGGGGACCGCCCCGGACCGGAAGUGGUGAUUGAUGUGCGCGAACCGGGUUCGAGUUCGGGGUGCCACCAGGAUGGAGAAGAAGAGAACCGGAGCGGGCGGAGGCUCUGUAAUUCGUUGUCUUCGGUUGGGUUGAGGCGGAAGCCUUCGUCUGUGGGUGUGACAGUUGACGUGCCAUUGAGUAUGAGUAGAAGCUUCGGGAGAGAGGCGGAGGGGUCGAUGACGUCGCUUAGGUCACCGGGCGGUCGUUUACUAUCGUUCAAGAGAAUACUGAGCAGAGAGAGGAAAGCAAGUCCUCCAUCCCCAUCGUCGGAAAACUGUACCGCUGGAUGCAGCUCCGUGACCCAGAUAGAGACGAGUCAUUGAGUUGACUCGGAUACGCCGUGUAAUUAUGGGGUGACUUUCUGUCUAGCUUGGCUUGACAAGGAAUUUUUUUUUUUUUGGGGUCGCGGACGAUUAUUAUGAAUAUGAUAUUUUUUUAUUUGAUAUGAAUAUGAAUUUUGUUAAUUUUUUUUAUAAUUCGUUUUAGUUCUUUUUCCAUUUUUUGUAUAUUUACUAUUAAAUUGUAAAUCAAAUCAUAACAAAAAAUUAUAUUCUAAGUGAGCUGAUGUAACUAAGGUGGCUCAUACAAAUUUUUACAACUUACGUGGAUA